ACCGACUUAACGGAGGACUGGGGCUUGGUCUCGAAGUUUUCAGCAUCUGUAGAUGAAUCAUAAUAGCAUCAAGAUGUCGGGACGAUCAGGCCGCGCUGAAACACGGAGUCGGGCUAAAGAUGACAUUAAAAAGGUUCUGGCAGCCAUCGAGAAAGUGCGCAAAUGGGAGAAGAAAUGGGUGACAGUUGGAGACACGUCCUUACGUAUAUUCAAGUGGGUGCCAGUGACAGAAACAAAGCAGAUUUAUCGUACCAAAUCUACAGGUGGAGACGUUAGAGGACUGAAAGAUGUGGUCUUAGAAAACACUAACUCUUUACUGGAUUUUACUGAUGAAAACAGCAACCAGAGCUUCCUGUCAGAUGUUUACCAGUCUAAAAUGGAUAACAGCAGCAGCAACUCCAGCUCGCAGCAGGUCAGCCCACCGCAUACCUCCAGCCUCCGAACUGAAGACUCGCAGCCACCGAUGCUUGGCCAGGAGAGUGUGGAUGAGCCAGUUCAUUCAGGACAGGAGGGGGCUGAUGAGCCUCCUACUCUGAUCAAGGAGGACCUUCUUUCAUCAGGAACUAUCAGAAGGAGCACUCCAGACUCACAGGAGGAACUGGAUGAAGCAGGGGCACCUCCUUUAAAGAAGAGUUGCACAGGAGAAAAUGUUGUUCUGAGAUAGUUUAUUUAUAAUUAUUAGGUCAAAGUGCACACCAUACCUGUCCUCAGUUGUUGUCAGAUUAGCUAAGCUUUACAAAUUAUACCAAUUCUCUUGACCUAUUUACGCAAAUACUACUCAUUAUAUUUCUGCGAAUGACAAUGAAGUGUUUCCUGAUAAAGCUUUGUUCGCUUUAAAGUGGUGUUUUUUUUUAAAUCAUUCUAGAAUGAUUGGAGGGAUUUCUUUCAUUGUAUGGCACGUUACUGCUUUAAAGGCAGUGUGUAUUUAAAUUCACAUGCUAAGGUGUCUAUUUUUUUUUUAACAGAUUUAGUCAUGGUGCACUUGAAGUGUACUUUUGCAUGUUUCUUUAUCAUAUUGCGUUAUCCUGUUUUAUUGUUUACAGGCCAUCUUGAAAAGAAAUGUGAUGCUUUAUGCAAAUUGAUACUGAUGUAUAGUGAUAUGCUAUUAUGUAAUAAACAUGAUGCCCUUUCUGGAACAUCUUUUGGCUAAUCACAUGUAAAAAUAAAUGUUUUUUAUGUUUGUAACAUAGUUUGCUUAUGUUUAUGAUUAAAAUGCUUUGGUAUCCAUAAUAAAUGCUACCUUCCAUUUCCGUUCAA